GGGAGGCGCCACGCCGUGCGAGGCCCCGUUCCUCACUGAUUUCCAGGCCGGGUGUUGCGGAAGGCUGAGCCUUUGUCCCAGAGUCGAGUCGAGUCAAGUCGCGAGCGUGAUUUCACUGGGCUUGCUUGUCUGAAGCCCCACUCACAGUCCCGGGAUCUCGGCGUCAAUUUGGACGCUCCACCAGCACACAAGUUUGAGUUCUUCUGUCUGUUCUUCAUAUUUUUUAACUUCAUCUGGGCAAGUGCACGUCUUUUACUUGUUUUAGUAACUUUCAGUCAACUUAAAGAAAGAUUCGCCUCCCGGCUUGAAUUCUGUCUGUGUGAGAGCCAAGACGGAGCGUUCGCAGUCGGAUUGUACCAAGGAAGGACAUCGAGCCGAGUGGAGAAGUCACGGCGGAGUCUCCGUCUGGGUAAUGCGGACACCUCGGCUGGAGGGCAGGCACGCGAGGAAGCAGCUCCCCCCCGCAUCUCGCCCCACGCGCCUCUAGAGAGCUCACCGACGGGAUGGCCGCGUCCGACGCGCUGCCCCUGCUUUGCACUUUAGCCCUGACCGUGGCGGCGUUGGUGGGCGCAGAACUGAAGUCCAGGACCUGCUCGGAAGUCCGACUCGCCUACAGCUCCAAGGGCUUUAAUCUGAACGACGUGCCACACCAAGGAGUCAGCGGUGCCCACUUGAAAGUGUGUCCACAAAGCUUCACAUGCUGCACCCCAGAGAUGGAAGAGAAACUGAGUCAGCUGAGUCGCAGUGAUUUGAAAGCACAAGUGUCCAAGCUCAGCUCUUCCUUGCAAGCUACAUUUACUCAACGGCACCGGCGAUUUGACCAAUUCUUCAAGGAGUUGCUGGACAAUGCAGAGAAAUCUCUCAAUGACAUGUUCACCCGAACCUACGGAGUGAUGUACAUGCAGAACUCUGAGCUCUUUAAGAAAUUUUUCCUUGAUCUCAAGAACUACUAUGUGCAAGGAGGGGUCAAUUUGGAGGCAAUGCUCGCCGAUUUCUGGGCUGGCCUGCUGGAACGAAUGUUUGUACUGGUGAAUGUUCAGUACCAUUUCUCUGAAGAAUACUUAGAGUGUGUCAGCAAGCACACUGAGCAGCUGAAACCCUUUGGGGAUGUACCACGCAAACUAAAGCUGCAAGUCACGCGGGCUUUUGUGGCCGCCCGGACAUUUGCACAAGGGCUGGCAGUCAUUGGAGACGUCAUUGGCAAAGUAUCAGCGGUAAAUGCAUCUCCUGGCUGUGUGCAAGCAGCUAUGAAGAUGAUGUACUGCCCAUACUGUAGCUGGCAGAUGGCACUUAAGCCCUGCCACAACUACUGCCUGAAUGUGAUGAAAGGCUGCCUCGCCAACCAAGCAGACCUAGACACGGAGUGGAAUAAUUUUAUGGAUGCAAUGUUAAACCUAGCAGAGCGACUAGAGGGACCAUUCAAUAUUGAAUCGGUGAUGGACCCCAUCGAUGUCAAAAUCUCUGAUGCCAUAAUGAAUAUGCAAGAGAACAGUAUGCAAGUCUCACAAAAGGUGUUCCAGGGUUGUGGCCAGCCCAAACUAGGGGUAGCAUCACGCGCUGCCAGGUCUGUCCCAGAUAAUGGAUUCAACACUCGAUUCCGUCCCUACACUCCAGAUGAGCGUCCCACCACAGCAGCAGGCACUAGCCUUGACAGACUGGUCACAGAAGUAAAGAAAAAACUGAUGUUUGCCAAAAAGUUUUGGUCUGCCCUUCCAGAAAAUGUGUGUACAGGAGAGCGGAUAGCAUCUGGAGAUGAGUGCUGGAAUGGACAGCAAAGAGCAGGUAUGAGUCAGAGGUUAUGGGAAAUGGAUUAGCCAACCCAGGCUGCCAAUCCAGACGUGGAGUUGAUAUCACCAAACCAGAUGUAGUAAUUCGACGACAAAUAAUGACUCUGCGUAUAAUGACAAACAAGUUGAAGAGUGCCCACAACGGGAAUGAUGUUACCUUCUUUGAUAUGAGCGAAGACGGCAGUGGAGGAGAGAGUGGCAGUGGCUGUGAAAGACAGGUGUGCACAAGUGACUUUGAUUUCCAGUCUCCCAUCACCAAGCGACCUCGACUGAUUGUACAGCAGUCUGAUGUCUCUUCAGGAAGUGUGCAGGUGUCAAUCUACAGUUGCUUUUUGUUGCUGGUUGGUGCAGCAGUUGCCCUGCUGGGCCCACAGAGAUAAUCUCCAGGACAAGGGAGUGUGCAAAUGGCUGCUUAUAGGAACAAUGUCUGCACCUGGCUUUUGCUGCCUGGGACCUGACUCUCUUCUUUCAAAGAUUUCAACUAGCUGACAUCCACAAGCGGCCCUGGACUUCAAUUAAACCAUCUUCUAUUUUUAUUAUUAUUUUUAAUUUAAACUUUUAAUGUUCAUUUCCCUUUGCAUCAUACUAGUAUUUGGAAAUGUCAGUGGUAACAAAAAAGUGUCUGCACCUUAAGGGUGAGAAAGUUUCAGAGGUACGGAUAUUGAAACUCAUGAACCUCACAAGAUGAUAGGCUGUUCAGUUUUAAUUCUACACCCAUUUAGAUUUUAUUUUACUAAAUUCACAAGAUCCUAUUGAUUCUUUUUUAAUGCUUACUUUUAGAGUGGAUUCUUUUCAUAUUUUUAUAAUUAAAUUUCUGCUAAGAAGAAUUUUAAAAAUAUGAAAAAGCAAUUUUUUGGAGUUCAAGGAUCAUUUAAAUUUUAACUAUAGAAUUGACCCAGAUUAAGGCAUACAAUCUUGGGCCUAUAGUUAAAUGGAACCAUCAGGAUUUUAAAAGGAAGACUCGCCAAAACCCGACAGGUGUGUGUUCCUGGUCGGAUCAGGGCUUUCUGUGCUCCAUGUGUUUGUUUUUUUAUUUUUAUUUUUUUUGUGGUAAAAGGAAUGGUGCAGGUCACAGGUGCACUUUGAGGAUAAUAAAUGAUGCUGGGGUGGCAGGGUAAGGGGGUCUUAAAAUUUUUAAAAAGUGUUCUGACAUCCUGAAUCUACAUAUGAAGGUUAAUGCAGUAGGCAAAGGUGAUUAGUAAAAGUUUGUGAAGAAGCACAAAUCUUUACAGGACUUCUGUGAUCACCUGGAUGUGUAGAAAGUUUGUACGGGAAGAAUAUGAAUGGCUACCGCUGUAAAGUUGUUAAGUAUAGACAAUGCCAGCAGAAUAUACAAAUUAAUUCAUGGUGCUUGUAGCGGAAGCAAGCUGAUCAAUGCCUUAAAAGCAUUUUGAGAGAAAUGCUGAACUCCAGAAUAACUCCCUUUCUUUGGGGAUUUUUAUAAUUUUUUUUUAAUUUAAGAAGAAAAGGUACAUUAAGAUGUUAACUUUGGUUAACAGUAGCUUGUCAAAUAUACCUGUAUAACACUAGGAUUAUCUUCCUUUUGAUUCAUUUUGUAUCACUGAGAGCAUUGAAGCUUUUAGAGAACUAAUCCCACAUUUCCCUUUCCUCUGAAAUUUUUAACUCUUGACUGUGAAGAAUGCUCAACAGUGGCCUAAAUGUCUUGCUCAUCCUUUGUCUUCAGUUUUUAUAUAAUGUGACACAUGUCUUCAGGCAUGUGGCAUGAUUAGUACUUGCAGGUUUCAAACUGGCAGUGAAUAAUUCAGAGGAGUUGGUAAAACCAAAUUCCUCUGGAACUAUUAUUGGUCUUGGAUUUAUUUCUUUAAGACACUGAAUCUCCAUCCACUAGCAUUUACCUACACAGCACAAGCAGGAAAAUGGACAGACAACUUGUGUGAAGAAUGCUGGAAGCAACAUUUUAAAAGAAAAGAAAUGUAAAUAAGGACAUUUUUCCUUAAAAUGAAACCAAUAAGUGAUAGGGUUCUCAGAGAGAACAUUAACAGAAUCUGAUAACCAUACCUGAGGAAGACCAAUAGAUAUUAAAGACAGUGUGUAUGUCUUGCCAAAUAAAGACUGCAAAUAUUUAACUUUUUAAUUAUUUCAUCUGAUUGGAAAUAGGAGAAAAUAGCUGUAAUUAAUAAUAAAAAGCCAAUAAAGAGAAGCUUACUCACA